CAAUCACCAUUAUCUGGUCACCACUUUUCACGAUACGGGACGAAUCUGUAAUGAUGACGAGUGUUUCCUUCGGCCAUUGUUGAGGCAACGGGGAUAUUCUUCUGCGGGUUCACACCUACCAUCAUUGGAUAAAGGCACUCGAAUCAUUCAGGUACUUGGCGUCCUCGAGGAGCAUAUAUAAGCGGCGUGAAGUACUGUUUAUACAAACACUGCCUCAUGUCCACACACACAGGGUGUUCUAGGUCGACUCUGACAGCGCGCUUCGCCGUUCCUCGAGUGGAUAGAUAUUUUUACUCAUAUCAUUUGUAUCCUCUCCUUUGGAUAGUUAUUACGCACAAGGAUUCUGGGGUUUUUUUCCGGACAGAAUGGCUGUUGCUGCAAAGUUCAGUUUUUCCGUGAGGAGCAUCCUGGAUUUGCCUGAGCAUGACGCCAAGACAGCGCAGCCUUCCCCCGGUAACUCCUGCUACAGCUCCCCUUACUCCUCCUGGAUGGACAGCGACCGGAGCCCUUGUCUCUCUUCAGACGAGGGUAGCCUGGAGAUCUCCCCAAACAAGUCCGACGAGUCUUCUCUGGACUCUGAGGCCGAGAAGAAGAAGAAGCGCCGCGUGCUCUUCUCAAAGGCCCAGACCUUCGAGCUUGAGAGACGCUUCCGUCAGCAGCGCUAUCUGUCAGCACCAGAGCGGGAGCAGCUCGCCCAUCUCCUCAGCCUGACGCCGACGCAGAUCAAGAUCUGGUUCCAGAACCACAGGUACAAAAUGAAGAGGUCGCGAGUAGAGGGAGCGCCACAAGACAUAAACCAAUCGCCAAUGUUGCGAAGAGUAGUGGUACCCAUCCUAGUUCGGGAUGGCAAGCCUUAUCAGACCUGUUUCAUUAACACGGAGAAAGGAGGCUGUCUUAGACCGACCACGUCCCCGGGUACACCCUUCAGUUUGGGGUACCAGUCUUUCCAGCUUCCGUCACCGUUCGGUCUACCUUCCCCAUACCAGCAUUUUGCCAGCCCGGCAGCAUCUAGACACACCUUUGCUUGGAGAGACUUUCUGAAUGACUCAGCUCAAUUCAGUUCUUUUAAGUGACUGAAAACAUCAACAAGAGGACAAUGCAUAGAGGAACACUUAAAACAUAAUGUGUUUUCUGAAUUCCCUUAUUUUUCGAGGUACUUAAGUGUUAAACUGUUAAACUCUCACUAAUAAUGUUGUAUGAGAAGUAGGCUAUUUUGCACAUAUUUUAUUUUUUGGUAUUUUAUGAAAUUUAGCCUAUUGAGGGAUAUUUUCGAAUGAUAAAAGUCGUCAUUAGUUUAUUGUAAUCUGGUGGUAGGCCUAUUGACAUUAUACUCCUAGAUUAAGUUUUGUUUAUCCAAUUGGAUCAUUAUUGUGUUUACUUUGCGUAGGCUUAUUUUAUCAGUCAUUUAAAAUUUCUGUCAUUUUUAUGAAUUUUGAAUCUACACCAAGAUAUUUGUCAAAAGUACGAGGGAGGUAGGAUAUAAUUGCUUUGAAAAUUGUGUUUUUCACUUUUGUCUGGAAAUGUUAUAGAACAUAAUCGUUUUAUUGAUUGGUAGGCCUAAAUGUUUUGUGUUUUUAUAGAAUUACGAAUAAAUC